AUGGGCGACUCCGAAGAACCCAAAGGUGCCGAUACCCUGGCGUGGGAGAAAGCGACGGCCGACAACAACACGACAUCCCAGGCUCAGGCUCAGGCUCAGGCUCAGGCCCCGUCAACAUCGACUUCCUCAGAAUCCCAACCCGCAGCUCAAACCUCUCCAGAAGCGCCAAAAGUAUCGGUCUCCCUCGAACAAGCCAGGAUAUUCCUCCAGGAUGCGCAGGUGCAAAAGGAGACAACGGAGCGCAAGGCCGCCUUUCUGAGGAGCAAGGGCAUCUCCCAGACCGAUAUUGACGAGCUGCUGAAGGAGGACUGGAUUCGGGCGCAAUCUGAUGCAAGUUAUAUUUAUACCACACUGAGAGAAAUCCCCAUCACCAACGAAUCGUCAUCCUCCGCUUCGUCAAAGGUGGCCGCUGCGAUAACAACCACAACUACCCUCCCCAAGACGAAAGAACAACAUGUGCCUAUCAUUACCUACCCCGAGUUCAUGGCCGAAACCCACCGCGCGCCACCGCUAAUAACCAUGAACGGCGUCCUUAACACGGUUUACGCUUUCAGCGGUAUCGCCGCCCUCGUGUACGGCGCCAACAAGUACGUUGUCGAGCCGAUGGUCAACCAGCUCACCGAGGCCCGCGUCGACUUCCACGACAACGUUAAGGACAACCUGGACCGGCUGGUCGAGAAGCUCGAGCAAACCGUAUCAGAGCUGCCUCCGGGCUACAAGGCAUCGGACGGCCGCGCCAGUCGCUACAAGGACGCCUACGACGACGACGACGACGACAACAUGAGCACGUACGAGGACCCGGCCGAGAUGUUUCACCGGGACGUUGGCAUCCAGACGUCGCCGCCGCCCACGCCGUCUGUGCGGGCCAUGUCGCUCCCCUCGCGCCCGGGCACGGCUAUGUCGGCCCGGUCCCUGUCGGAGAUCUACGAGGCGCACUCGCGUGCCCAGUCGCGCGCGGCGUCGGCCAUUUCCGAGAGGCACAUGAACCACACGCAGAAGCAGCAGAGACGUCUGGCGGAGCUGGUGACGUCGGUCAAGGAGAUCAACGAAGGGCUGACGUCGCAGUGCGAGGACUAUGACGAGCUCAGGACGACGGUGGACGUGUUCCACGGCGAGCUGGAGCAGUUGGCGCUGCAGCACUACGAUUUCACGGGCGGUUUCUCGCUGUACGGGUAUACUAACAGGAGCGAGCCCAACGACGAGAUCAAGAAGGCCAAGGAGAACAUCAGACGGGUCAAGGGCGUGUUGCUCACCACUAGGACUUUUGCUACACCUACUCCUGAUACCCCGGCGCGGUAG